CUCGGGCAGCCCCGUUCUUAUGCAUUUUGGUCGGGGUGAUGGCGAUCCUUGCCCGUCCCUGCCUUCGGCUUGAGAGAGGAAGAGACGAUUGGGAACUUUUCCCAUUAUUAUUCUUGACUUAACUGUAAUAAACCUGUGCCGCUCCUCAACCAUCAUUGCUUCGAAUAAUCCCUCUGCCUCAAUUACCGGAGAGGAAAAAGAAAGGAACAUAUGUGCUAGAUUAGAUGUGUAUAUUUCCGACAACUAUCUACGAACCUCCCUACGUUUUUUAACGGCGCCAUCAUCGAAACUGGGUUAAUUUAAGACAUCAAUUGCCACGACGCGAGACGAUACCCACGAAAGUCGAGACCCCUGAAUAAUUAUAUACACAAUCUUUCAUUUUCGCAUUCAUCCAACCCAUUCUAUCCUCUGCUUGUCUAUAUCGCAGCUGCAUCGAGAUAGCUACAACCCUCCAGUCUCCUAACAUAUCCAUUGCAUUUAUUCAUGAGCCUUCGAAUUCGGUCGGGCGCCGAUCGCCAUUCCCGAGCCGUAUCCCGCGGUCUCGGAUCGUUCCUUGAACCCGCAACCAGGUCGGCAUCAGAUCUUGAACCACCAACAAAUUAUAUUCAGUGUUGUUUCGGAGGGAGCGGGUGGCGCUGAAGAAGAGUAGUAGAGGGAUAUGCAGACGAACAAAGCCAAGGCCGAGGCGCUGGGACGAAAGGCGAAACUCGCCAACUCGUAUCAGGAGCUACUUGACGAAUUCUCGAACAAGGAUCUCAAAAAUGUCGGGAACUACACCUUAGGGAAGCUUAUAGGGAAGGGUUCCUUUGGCAAGGUCUAUCUCGCAACCCACAAGCUCACGAAUGGCUCUAAGGUCGUCCUCAAGUCAGCCAACAAGGAUGACGCCAAUCUUGCGAGAGAAAUCCACCAUCACCGCCAAUUCGUCCAUCCCCAUAUCGCGCGCCUGUACGAAAUAAUAGUCACCGAAACUCUCGUAUGGCUUGUUUUGGAAUAUUGCCCAGGCGACGAACUGUACAAUUAUCUCCUCAAACAUGGUCGCCUACCAGUCGAAAAGGUCCAAAGGAUAUUCACGCAGCUCGUUGGUGCCGUUUCCUACGUACAUCAACAGUCAUGCGUCCAUCGCGACCUGAAACUCGAGAACAUCUUGCUAGACAAACACGAGAACGUUAAGUUAGUCGACUUCGGAUUUACGCGAGAAUACGAGGGCAAAGCAAAUUAUUUACAGACGUUCUGUGGUACAAUCUGUUACUCGGCACCAGAGAUGUUGAAAGGGGAGAAGUACGCUGGCGAGAAAAUUGACGUAUGGAGCUUAGGUGUGAUCCUUUACGCGCUGUUAUGUGGCGAGCUGCCAUUCGACGACGACGACGAUAAUAUUACGAGAACCAUGAUCCUCACAAACGAGCCAAAAUAUCCAGAACAUCUUCCCCCGGACGCAGUUUCUCUAAUUAAGCUGCUCCUCUCGAAACGACCACUGCUGAGGCCUACGCUCCCUGAGAUCCUAUCCCAUGCUUUUCUUGCGGAACACGCCCCGCAGCAACAAGCGAUCCUUAAACUUCAUCAACCCCCUCCGUUUGCGACCCACCUCGAGAAGGAUUGCUUACAGAGAAUGCGCAGCGCCGGCGUGGAUAUUGAUGCUGUCAUCGAGAGUGUUCUAGCCCAAAAGUGUGACGCGCUAGCUGGGUGGUGGACAUUGUUGCUAGAGAAGGAAGAGAGGAAGGCUCGCCGACGCGAAAGGAGACGGAAAGAAAAGGAGGCCGAAAAUCGAAAUUCGCGCCGAUUCUCAGCAGCAUCCAGCAAGCUCGAACGAAUGGCCCCAAUUCUUGACGAAGAUCCCAGUGGCUCCGGUUUUUUAGGGGAGCCACCCUUACCUAAGGCAAGAGGGCGUCCGGAAAGGAGGAGUGCUCAAUACGGCGACUACCAAAUGCCAGAGUUGCCCGACUUACCCGAGUCUCAGGUUAAGAACCAUCUAAGCCCCGAUAGCAGCGCACCGCCGCCUCCGAUUGAUAAAGAUUCCGUGCGAUCAGUCAGCUCGUCCCGACAUCAACGACCGAUACCGCCCCCAAAGGAAGGUAUCCUUCGAAGCGCACGAUCUAGAGGUUCGACGCUUCACCUAGUUACUACUUCAGAUGCGCUAAACAGAAAUGAGGGACAAGAAAUGAAUCCUCCCCCAAAAGUAAGGAAGAAGCCAUCACAGGCAAUCGUUGCGACAUGGAAGAAUUGGACUCACUGGAUCGUCGAGAGCACGAGACGACAUAGGCCCAAUAAACGAGGUAGUAUGUCAACACCCAACUUGGCAGCUAAAGACGGCCAAUCUGGUGGCGGCAAAAACCCAGGGGAUCGAAGCCCUCGUCCUCAUACUUCCAAGUAUCCACAUUCUACGCAGGGGACCACGGCAUCGAGUGGUGGGACUUCGCCGUUACCCAAUGGUAUCGUCAAGAUUUCCAGUGCAGGUGGUGGUAACCCAGCUAGGAAGCCUACGCCGGCGCCGCUCUCAACGCCUUCUAAUCCAGGGCCGCGUCGUAUGCCAUCCGGGGCCUCAUACAAGCGUCAAUCGCUAUCUCCUGUACCUUUGACGCCUCGAUCCACGAUCCGUCGUUCGUCCAUUGGUCUUCGAGGACGAAAGUCAACUUCAUCUUCCCUAUCCUCCAUCCGAACAAUGCCGCAUCACCACCACUCGCAUUCAAAGGCCAGCUCGACCAGCUCUACCGGAUCUGUGUCGACUACGAAAACUCCCGGACGUUCGCCGCAUCACUCAGUUAAGGUCCUCCCAGCCACACCAACAAGCACAUCGUUCCCGUCCAACAUCCGUCUUGUUCGCGGGCCGGCCCUCACGUUAAACUUCAACGAAGGCAUGCCCUCCAAACCUUCAUCGCAAAACCCUCCCGGUUCUCCCAAUCCAUUUUUAUCAAAUAGCCCAUCGGUUCUAUUUGCCAAACGCAAGCGCAACUUAUUUAAGGGCCCAUCGCUCUCCAUCGGUAACCCACCGCGCAGCGGUACCAGCUCAGGGGGCCACAGCCGGAGCGCAAGCGCAAGCGGAUUAGGAAGGAGGAGCGGCGAGAUCACGAUUCAGGAGGAGGACGAGGAGGCGGAGGAGGCCGUAGGCGACGUCGAAGUCGACGAGGACGUCGAGGAGGUCGACCAGUUCAGCCCGAUCACCCAGGUCCCCGGGGAGAAGGUCGAGGAGAUAUACGAGGAAGGCGAUGGAGGAUCUAAAAAUGUCGCGCCUGGUGUUGGGCGCUAGCGCCGGAGCUGGUCGUUGAGAGAAGGGAUGAUUCACUUGAUACCCCCCCAGAUGGAGAUGGAGAUGGAGAUGAGGUGGCAAUGGAUACGCUGUGGUAGAGCAGAGCGUAUUGUUCUUUCAUGUCGAUGCGUCCGGCGAGACGUGUUGUUAUAUUUAUCUUUAUAUAGAUGUCUAGGUAGGCACCUACUUGGUUCGUCUUUUUUUUGGUUUGUUUUUGUUUGAUUCGGACUACCCGAGUGUGUAGUGUAGCAUACGCCUAGUGCGGUAGCGCGGGCAGUUUAAAACUUUGAACUUUGUGGAGGCUUGUUGUAGGAGCGGUAUGGUAUUUAUACCGAAUGGGUAUGUAUUUUGAAGGGGAGGGGAUGUGGGGGAUUAUAUAUCAGAUGGCGUGGCUGUCUUGUAAGUGACUGACUGCUGUCCUGAGAUACAGGUGGCUCAGCUGUGUUGUACUAGAAUAUUGAAGAGAGUGAAGCAAGUGAAGUUUGAAGGAUGUGAACGUGCUGUUGAGAAUUGCAAGUGAUUGAGAUGGUGAGAUGUGAAUAGAGUACUAGGUAGGAGAUGGCAGUUCUAAUCUUAAUCGCGUUCGUUUGGGGUUUGGGAUGGGGUUAGAUAGGGGGUUGGCUAUAGCAUCUUUGGGGUAUCUUAAGUAUUCAGGGGUAGAAUGUAGGUACAUAACUAGAUUGUCAGUCAUACUCUAAC